GGGAAAGCGUGAGCACGUAACCUGCCUACAAAUUAACACUGCAAUCAUAAACUCUGGUUGGUGGCGCGUUUCUUCCGUUUUUCACCUCCUACCCUCUCGCCUCAGUUCGGCUAUUAUACCAUCAGUUGUCCACGGGUAGGCUGGGGUCUUUGGUAUGCAUACACACCGCUUUAAAUCAUUAAGCGGUGGAGACUACACCACAUCGCCGCGUUCUCCACACCUCGCAGCCAGAAAGACAAGCUCAGUUCGGAGUCGGAGACGACGGAGCUUUGACGGUCAGACGGAAGACCGGGCUUCAGUGGAUGCUACGAGGGACACUCCAAGAGAUGGAGCUCCUUUGACGACGAAUUUUAGCCGUUUACCAACAUUUUCAGAGUAAAAAUUCACAGUGGCUGUCACAGAAGAGCGAAAAAUAACCAAAAAUAUGAUUACUUACGCUUUUACCAGAACUGAAAUGUAGCUGAGGGCAUUCAUUGCGACGCCUUGGGGACUUUAAUUGAACAGUAUAAAUAACCACGGCACGUCCUUACUGGAAUACAGUGGACCGACUGUGUGCAACGAAGGAAAUCUAGCAUUGUAAAUUCCGACUGGAAAGACUGUUUUUAUGUUCAUUAGAUAAGCGUGCUCAUUGCAGACUGGGGAGACGGCAGGACCUGUACCGUAUGUAUCGGGCAUGGUGCCCCCGCCCCAGGUGUGUGUCGCGACCCUGGUGACGGUGAGCACCAUGGCGGUGGUGGACCUCUACCUGCUGGAGCAGAGCAUGCUGGGAUCGCAGUGGCGGGCGGGGCUGGGGGUGUGGCCGUGCGCCGCCGUGCUCCUGGGCGACCUCUGCUUCCUGCUGGCGCUGCGCUUCGUGUCGGCGGGCGUGGCCUCGGAGGCGCGGUCGCCGCGGCGCGGCUUCGCCAACGCCCUCUGGUUCCUCUUCCUCUCGCUGCUGCAGCUCAAGCUCUUCUUCGUCUGCCAGAACUACCGGCAGGACCGGCGGCCCCCGGACCCCCUGGCCAGGAAGACGCUCACGCUCCUGCUCUCCGUCUGCCUCCCCUCCCUCUUCCUGGUCCUGACGGGCGCCGACCACAUGACCCCGCUGCGCAGGAAGCAGGAGGUACGCAGCCGGCUGCUGUGGGUGGUGGUGGACCUGCUGGACGUGCUGGACCUGCAGGCGGGGCUGUGGGAGACGCACAGCAGCCUGGGCGUGCCACUCUGGGUGGAGGGCCUGGUCUUCUUCUACUGCUACGUGCUGCUGCUGCUGCUGCCCUGCGUGUCGCUGACCGAGCUGGGCACCGCUGCCCCCGCUGGCGAGACGGGGCUGCGCAGGGAGGCCGUGUACCCCUGGCUCAGCCUGGUCACGGUGAACAUCCUGACGCUGUUCCUGCGGGCCACGGGCAUGCUGUGGUACCGCGACCCGCGCGUCUCCACCGUCUUCCUGGGGAAGAACCUGCUGGCCAUGACCAUCAAGCUCAGCUCCGCGUGGGAGAGGCACAGACAGAAGGGAGGGGCGCGGGGGGCCAGGGCGGGGGCCGGGGGCAGGGACCCGAACCCGGAGGCGGCGGCGGCGGCGGCGGGGCCCGAGCACCUGGGGCAGCAGGCCCCCGGCUCGCCGGCCCCGCCCUCCUCGCGCUGCCACACGCUCUCGCGGGGGCACGCGCACGCCCCCUCCCUCGUCAGCCUGGACCCCGCAGAGACGUCCCUGGGCCCCUCCUUCAUUUCGCGCGAGCUCUAGACUCCCCGGCCCGGCUCGCUCCUCUGUAGGCCCCCCCGAGGGCCUGGCCCAGGUAAUUACUCAUUCGAUUAGCGAGCUCGCGGCCCAAAGACUGCCUCUCCCCUUCCCGGAACCCGACAGGGCUCCCGGGGGCCCGCUCGCUGAAGUGCCUUGCUUCAGAGUGGAGCAGCGCUACGGAGCCAUUCCCUCCGACACUGUGGGACUUUAACCCUUCUUUUGUGUACUGUAAAGCAUGACCUAAUCCGGCUGCUGUCAACUGUACUGCGAGUAGUGCAGCGAUACUGUAAUAAAAAUGUUCAUCUCCCA